CUGUCAAACUGUCUAAUGUCGCCACGACAUAAGAAAAUAAAUAAAUGAUAUUGGUACAUUUUUGUGUAAAUCUGGUAAAAUGGUUAGAACCGUGUAUUCCCCGGAGUAUUGUCUUCAAUAUUUAGAGCAGUAUGCGUCUCACGAAGGCUUUGUCUUAGGAUUAAUACUGGGCCAGAUUACUGAUGCACGCGAGAAUAUAAUUCACUUAGCGCGUACUCCAGAAGAGAAGUUAGCAGAUACAGGGUCAGAAGCAAGUUAUACAUCGGAAAAAACUGAAAGUGUACGAAAUUUACUAGGAGUGUCAGAAGCAUGGGUUGCAGAUCAUGCAAAACAUGUAACACGAAUGCUGCCAGGGGGAAUGUUUGUUCAAGGAAUUUUUAUUACAAGUGAUGAAGAUGUCUUCGAAGAUCCUAAUCAUUUUAGUAAAAUCAAAUCUAUUCUUAAUUUUACACAUAAAAUUUUAAGCAGCAAUCCAUACAUGUUUGGAAGCAAUCCUCAUUCAAAUGAAAGACUCAUAUUACAUAUGUCUACCAGUACUAAAGUAUUGACAUGUAAAAGUAUGGAGGUGGGAUCUAGUAGAACUACUUCAGUAAAGCCAGUUGAGUGGAAAUUUUUACCUAAACCACAGCAGUGGCAGAGACUGGAUUGUUAUUAUGAGUUUGAUGAUAUCUAUCCUAUUAUUGUCAAGAAAAGUGGUAUAUCAGUAAAACAGCAGUUUCAGCAAAUUUUAGAAGCAGCACAUAAAACAAUACAAUCAAGUGUAAUGUUUAUUGAUGGAGAAUUGAAGGAUGGUUCUGAUCCUUUGGAGCAGCUUAUCAAAAAAAAGAGGCCAAAAAAUAGUACAAAGGCCGCACAAGAUGUGCCAAAGUCAAUGCAUGUUUCACUGUUUGUGCCUCUUGAAAGUAGUUUACCAGAAACAGUAGAAUACUUAGAAUGUGAUGGAAGCAUACAUUUUAGCGGUGUAGUGUCCUCCAGUGUGUUUAUGUACCCCAAAGCAACGGUCAGUGAAGCCAUCGCUGCAGUGAAACAAGACAUCAUACGAUCUUUAGCUUCCCGUUUCACUAUGCACUGUGAUGCUCUUAUUGAUGAUAAUCUUUUACCAGAGGAAAAAGUUUGUUUCAAUGAACCUCCACGUCGAGUCUUAGUACCUGUUGGUGCACUAUAUCUUUGUGAUUAUUUGUUCCCUGGAGAAGCACCUGCCGAAGCCUUAUUGUCUGUCAAGGAACUACUUGAUUUGCAAAUUACUGAAAGUGAUGUUAUUUGUGAUGUAGAAACACCUGCAGAUACAUCUGAAUUUGAUGCGUUAGACCGUGAUGCAAGCAGUGAAGAACUCUUAGCAACUCCGCAAGAAGCCAGCCAGUUUAUGUACAUCACUGGCAUUUGCUUUGCUAUGUUUGUUCUUGUUGUUUCCAUAUUUAUACAUUAUUAUGAUGCAAUUGCACAAUUUAUGAGUAAACUACUCACAAGGUCCUGAAUUUGAGUUAUAAAGUACCUAAUAAUAAGACUUGUUUUUUUAAAUAUAUUAUUUUAUUUACGGACUACCUAAUGAAAUAAAUAUUUUUAUUAUAAUUAAAUACAUAAUAAUUGUGCACCUGUUUUGUACAGACUUUGCUGUGUAAUUUAAUAUUUAGUAUUCAAUAAAUAAUUUUUUUUAUACA